AUGUCAGUAACUAAUGAUACUCCUCCUGAUAAUGAACUGAGGAAUGGAACGAUUAACAAUGUGAGCGCUUCGAUAUCCGAAGAGGAAUUCUAUCGUCUUCAGGAACAGCUUCUGGAACUACGGAAGCGUAACUAUGAAUUGUUGGAAGAGAACAGACGUCAACAUAAUUACAUAACUAGUUUAUCUUCUAAAGGCACGGAUGCAUUGCUGUUUGCGUCUAAGCUUGUUGGUCGCAAGAAAGACAAGGACAACUCAAAUGAAAAGCUAGAAAAUGAAGUUCGCCUUCUGCAGCAUAAAUUGUCAUCACAGGAAGAAGAGUUCCGGUUGCAACAGUCAACGCUUCUUUCAGAGUUGAAUAAG